AUGGAUCAUUACCCUGAAAACCCUAAUCUUAACCCUAAUUACACACACCUACCCGAGUGUGCUCUUGAUCCUUUCUCUUGGGAUUUCGAAUUGUCGGAGUAUCUGAAUAUGCUUGAUGGUGGUGCCGACCAAGAUUCGAAAUCCCAGCUGCAAAGAAUAGCAUCAUCGGAAAAGAUCAUGGAUUCCUCCUCAUCUGCCGGAUCCAUUGGUGCAAUAUCCAGAAAUAAUGACAUAAGAUGCAAAAAUAUUGGGGUGAAGAAAAGUAAGAUGGAUGCUGGUCAUAGGGUUGCAUUUAGAACCCAAUCGGAGCUGGAGGUGAUGGAUGAUGGGUUUAAGUGGAGGAAGUACGGAAAGAAAUCUGUCAAGAACAGCCCAAACCCAAGGAACUACUACAAAUGUUCAAGCGGAGGAUGCGAGGUGAAGAAGAGGGUGGAGAGGGACAGAGAAGACGCAAGCUACGUGAUAACAACGUACGAGGGAGUGCAUAACCAUGAAAGCCCUUGUGUUGUCUAUUAUAACCAGACACCUCUUAUGGUUCCUACUGGUUGGACUUUACAAGCUAAUUCCUCCCGCUCUUCUUCUUCUUCCUGA